AUGGCUUGCUCGACGAUUGCGGAUGGUGUUGGCCAUUCAUUGUUGGCCUCUAUAAUCCUCAUAAUCGUUCGCUGGAAACAACAGGCUUCAGAACGAUCGAAAGGCCGUCAGAUGGCCUCUGCGACCGCUAUGAAGCGAGACAUGGUUGAGCAAGACGGUCAUUCAGACAAGGUGCGAAAGACAUUGCGUGGACGGGCAGAGAAGGCAUGCGUUCGGUGUCGCGCAAAGAAGCGCACCUGUGAUGGAGGCAAUCCGUGUCAGCGGUGUAAAGAAAGCCACAGCGCCUGUUACUUCAGCGACUGGCAUUACACCGUGCCAUACCCGAGGGAAUACGUCGAAUAUCUCGAAGAACAGCAAGAGCAACUGUCAGCGGGGCUGCUCUUGAUGUACCGGUUGUUGAAAGACUCACACAUCAAGACCGUACCUCCUCUCCCCGACAAGCUCCAAGCACAAGACCUGCUCAGCGCGCUACGGAGUCUCAGACUGGAUCCACAACACCAUCAUCCUGUGUACAGCCAUCACAGUGGUGCAGGCGGUCUGCACAAUGGCACUAUCAUGAACAUGACCGAGAACGUGUUCGCAGAGCACAGUCGACGACCACCAAACCACGUGCACAGCCCGUUCGACCCAGGUCCGACAUCACCUGCGCAGGCAUCGGUCCUCUCUUCCAGCUUCCAUCCGUCACCAAGGCCAGACUUGAAUCCCUCGCACAUCCCUACAACAGCACCUGGAAGCUUUUCACCCGUGACCUACGGACCGGCUUUCGAGUUCGUGCGGCCGUCACAGCCGAAAGUUAUUGUGGACCAAGCACACAGUCACCCCUCAGAUCACGCGACAUCCCCUGGUACCAAACCGAUCUGCGGCCGAUGUGCUCGUGCUGGAAUCCACUGCACGUAUGCGGGCGGACGCUCGCCCGAGCCUACGAUUACGAUGAUAGAUGAAUCUCCCUCGUUGGCUUCACGGGCGAGCAGGCUGUAUGAUCUCACGCGAGCGGCUGCGAAUCAACAACAGCCGCUUCAGUCGGCUCCGACUAGCGCGCCGGAGAGCAAACCUAUCGUCAAGCCCGUCAUUACAGACAACACCAUCAGGGAAACCAACACGCCCAGCAGGGACACCGGCCAUCUCUACGUCGGCCCGCACACAAAGGGCCACUACAUCUCCAGUGCUCACUUCGCGCUGAUCAGCCAAGAGGUCGCCGCCAUCAACGACCUCCUCCGCGACCAACGCGGCUACUCCAGAGAAGUCCUGCGCGGACCCAUAGGCCAGACGUUUCCAACCUCCCCACCCCUUACCUCUCCGCAAUGGUCAUGCAAAUCCUCCGCCGAUUGUACGCCGGAUGAAUCGCCCCAGGGAGAGCGAGAGCUCUAUGGAGAUCUCUUCCCUAACAUCCCCGCCUGGACUCCGCAGGACAACACGCUUAUGACAUCGCAAGCCCCCUCCAUCGACGAGAUCCUCCAAGGUCUCCCGGGACGCGAGCAGAGCGAGGUCUUGAUCUGGUCGUACAUGGGCGGAUUUCACGCGAAGAGAUCGCUAUUCCACGGCCCGUCGUUCCUUGUGCAAGUGCGGAAAUUCCAGCAUUGGGUGGACACGCGCGAUCCGAAUUACAUCCUCAGUGUGCAUUUCUUGUCGUUGCUCAGCGCGGUGCUGUUCGCGGGCUCCGUGGUGUGUCCCAGAUACCGGCUCUCGACGGUUUUUGGGGAUGUCAGUCGGGAGACGCUUACGUCGAGGCUGUAUCGAAGGGCUGUGAGGGCGAUUCGGUUGUCGGAGUUUCCGCAGAGCCCGAGUUUGCAAUCUCUGUCGGCGUUUAUUAUUGUGGAUUCGACGUGGUUGAGGGAGGAGCAGCCUUUGACGUGCUGUUCGUUCAUUGGGGUUGCGGCGAGGGUUGCGCAGAUGCUUGGCCUCCACAAGGAACCUACCACAUUCGGCCACUUCUCACCCGUGGACGUACACAUCAGACGACAAGUCUGGUGGUCAAUCGUAGCAAUCGACGCCCAAGUAGCGUUCGCAUCCGGCCUGCCUCCAAUCCUAGACUGCCGCCUAUACAACGUCCAGCCCGUCAGCGAGCUCAGCGCAGCAGCCAUACGGGAAGACUUCGAAUCGCACGGCAACGCGAACAAGUCGAUCCUAGGAAUCUUCAUCGGUGGUCGAUUCGCGUUCUACAAGCGAGGCAACGAAAUCCUGCACUUGCUCCACAGCAGCCUGCUCUCCGAGAUCGACCUCGACCGGAUCCUGGAGAUCACGCACGAGGUCAAGCUGGAUAUGGAGAAUCGUAAGGAGCAGAUCACCUCGAUUGAGCAGCUGCACCAGCAGACGCCGCAGCAGUUUGACGGGAGUGAUAUCGAUGCGAUCCGUCACACCGAGUCCAAUGCGGCGCUCGCCGGGUUUGCGAAGAUGUUGUUCGCUCUCUGGGCGGCGAAGCCUUACUCUGUCAUGUACGGUCCCAUGCGGAGACAAAACCUGCUUCCAGCUCUGCGUAAAAAGGAGCCAAAUGUAAUCGUGUACUGCCGAGAAUACGUCCAUCGCUUCCUGCGCCUAGCGGAACGACGAGACUUCCAGCCAUGGCACUGGUGCUGGCCGGGUCAACAUCAGCCAUUGCACAGCAUCAUGGCUUUGAUCUCUGAUUUGGAAGAUCAUCCGGACGACCCAGAGGCUGUCGAGACGCGGAGAUUGGUCGACUUGGCCAUCUACAAGUGCAUCGGCUCCGACGACUGCGGAAUCACCUCCCACGAAGAUGGGAAUCCUGAUCCUCGACCUCUGCACAGCGGCGGUGCUCAGGCGUGGAGAUUCCUUCGCCGGGCGCGCGAUAGAGCCUGGGAAAUGGCCGGCCUUGACCCCACAAUCCUCACCUGCCCCGAAUCCGUGCACGACAUCCGCCUGCGCGGCGUCCCCGACGAAGACCGCAACCGCGACGAACCCGGCGAGACGUGGGCCGACUAUGCGUACGGCCCCAUCCCGCAGACGUACGCGGAGUGGUCGUAUCUGGGCCAGGCGACGGAUCCGAAUUUCGGGUUUCUGAGUGAUUUGGAUAUGCAGAUUCAUGGGGGGAUUGGGGGUGUUAGUGUGUGA